AUGGCAAUGUGGGUCGGACUAACGUUACAUUUCACUGUGUGCUCUCUGGUGGCCGGAAGAGCUCAAGAGGCGGCUAAUGUCGAUCACACAACUUGCGGAGAUGUGCGAGGGAUCAUUCGUUCGACAACGACUGGUCCAGUGCUAGCCUUCUUGGGAAUACCUUUCGCCGAACCACCAGUCGGUGAACGACGCUUUCAGAAGCCGACGCCAAAGAAGCCCUGGAAAGGGGUGAUGAACGCUACUUUGCUGCCACCUAUGUGUCCCCAAGUUCCCGUUAGAGUAAACAGCCACUUCGGAGUAACAGCAGCGGAUCCCUUUUCCGAGGACUGUCUCUUUCUGAACGUCUUCAAACCGGUUCGAAAUGAUGGUCCUACUCUGAAGCCAGUCGUCGUGUAUGUUCCGGGAGGAGCUUUUACCUUCGGAGGAAUUUAUCUCAAGAUAUUCGACGCGUCAGAACUUGCCGUGCGAGGAGACCUUGUCGUUUUCACCAUCGCUUACCGACUGGGACCGUUCGGGUUCCUAUAUCUGGACGCCAAAGAGGCACCUGGAAACAUGGGUCUCUACGACCAGCAACUUGCGAUGCAAUGGGUCAGAGAAAACGCCCGUUCUUUCGGCGGUGACCCUGACGUCAUCACCGCAAUGGGUCAAAGUGCGGGAGCCAUGUCGUUGGGCAUUCACAUCUUGUCACCCAGUAGCGCCGGUCUCUUUCAACGGGCCUACAUGCAGAGUGGCAGCCCGUUCGUCAGUGCUUUCUUAAGCAGCCCAGCACGGGCGAGAAAGAAAGCGGACAUGCUCGCAGACUACCUCGACUGCAGAGAGAAGAAUAAUCGAGAGCUCUCCGUGACGGAGGUCAUUACCUGCUUGCAAUCCAAGGAUGUCGAUGACAUUGUGAAAGCGGCGCGAAUUUUCAACGCAGACGGUUUGAGCGGAUUCUUCCCGGUUUUAGGUGACGACUUCGUGCCGGGAACGCCCGGCAGCGCCCUUGCGCUUGUUCCACCCAGUGUACGCGACGUCCUGGUGAGCGUUUGCGCUGCCGAGGGAGACUUCCUUAUCGAGCAUAUCCUCAAAAACGUCAACAAUAUCGACGACAUUGAACUCGUUUCGAAAAGAUACAUGACACUGCUUAUGAAGCUACUGCUAGGGAAUUUCAUGAGCGCCGACACCGAACCUAUCAUCGAGCGCUACUUCUUCCCUGUUGCUGCAGACAGUGGUGUCCAAGUAGCUCGAGCUGGCUCUGACAUUCUAAGUGACUUUUAUUUUGGCUGCCCCGCGCGUAGCAUCGCCCGAGGGCUCGCAGUUGCAAAUACGUCGGUGUACUUUCUUGUGUACGACGAGCAACUGUCCUUCCUUGACUGGCCCGAGUGGGUUCGCUCGACUCACGGGGACGACCUUGCGUUCAGCCUGGGCUCGGCCCUCGUCCUAGACGGUCAUCCUUCCGAAGGAGAUGUCAAGGCAACUGAAAACAUGAUAAACGUCGUUACGACGUUUAGUCGCACAGGGUAA